AUGGAAACGGAUUUCUCGUUGGUGCGUAAGGAGGAGGAAGAAGAAGAAGAUAACAGGAAUGGGAUGAGUUAUUUGUCAAUGGAGAUGAUGAAGAAGGUGAGCUCCAUGGCGGCUCCAAUGGUGGCAGUUUCGGUUUCUCAAUUCCUCCUUCAAGUCAUCUCCAUGGUUAUGGCUGGUCAUUUGGACGAGCUCUCGCUCUCAGCUGUCGCAAUUGCCACUUCCCUCACCAAUGUCACUGGUUUCAGCCUCAUCGUUGGGUUUGCAGGUGCGUUAGACACUCUUUGCGGUCAAGCUUUUGGAGCAGAACAAUUUGGAAAAAUUGGUGCAUACACUUACAGCUCAAUGCUCUGUCUUCUCGUUUUCUGUUUUUCAAUCUCUAUCGUAUGGUUUUUCAUGGACAAGCUCUUGGAGAUUUUCCAUCAAGAUCCUCUCAUCUCUCAAUUAGCUUGCAGAUACUCAAUCUGGCUCAUACCGGCUUUAUUCGGAUUCACUCUUCUUCAACCUAUGACUCGGUAUUUCCAGUCACAAGGAAUAACUCUUCCUCUCUUCGUGAGCUCUCUUGGAGCUCUUUGUUUUCACAUUCCUUUCUGUUGGCUUCUUGUCUAUAAACUGAAAUUUGGAAUAGUUGGCGCCGCUUUGUCCAUCGGUUUUUCAUAUUGGCUCAACGUAUUUUUGCUUUGGAUUUUCAUGAGAUACUCUGCUUUGCAUCGUGAAAUGAAGAAUCUUGGUUUGCAAGAACUCAUCUCGAGCAUGAAGCAGUUCAUCGCCCUCGCGAUCCCCUCUGCAAUGAUGAUAUGCCUGGAAUGGUGGUCGUUUGAGAUUCUACUACUAAUGUCUGGACUCUUACCAAACUCAAAGCUCGAAACAUCGGUGAUAUCCAUUUGCCUCACAACAUCGGCUGUGCAUUUCGUUCUGGUGAAUGCGAUAGGAGCAUCCGCAAGCACACAUGUCUCAAACGAGCUAGGAGCUGGAAAUCAUAGGGCAGCUCGAGCCGCGGUUAAUUCUGCCAUUUUCCUUGGUGGUGUUGGUGCAUUAAUAACAACCAUCACACUUUACAGUUACCGAAAAAGUUGGGGUUAUGUAUUCAGCAACGAGAGAGAAGUGGUUCGCUACGCAACCCAAAUCACACCCAUUCUCUGCCUAUCCAUUUUCGUUAACAGCUUUCUCGCCGUGCUCUCAGGGGUUGCCAGAGGAUCAGGGUGGCAACGUAUAGGAGGUUAUGCAAGCUUAGGAUCAUAUUAUCUUGUCGGAAUCCCGUUAGGAUGGUUCUUGUGUUUUGUCAUGAAAUUGAGAGGGAAAGGACUUUGGAUUGGUAUACUCAUAGCCUCCACUAUCCAACUCAUUGUUUUUGCUCUUGUCACCUUCUUCACCAAUUGGGAACAAGAGGCAACGAAAGCUAGAGACAGAGUAUUCGAGAUGACACCUCAAGUCAAAGGCAACCAAAAAACACAAAUUAUAGUAGAAGAGGAUACACAAGUUUUACUUAAUCAUAUUGCAGAAACUGUGUAA